GGGAACUGCGUUUGGCAACACUGCGCCGGAUGCACAUCCCAAUCGAAUGGGGCGACGCGCAGCCAGGCUUACUACGCGGCGGCAGAAUGCGUCGCGGUGCUGCGCACUGAGAGUUGACAUUUCUGCAAAUGAGGCUAACCGAUCGUGUACAGAGACGUAAGGGAAACAGCACUAAGACUACCUGGAUGGAGGAAUGGAGGAAAGUAGAUGUCAAUGAAUACACUCUUUGCUGAUCUAGGUGGAUGAACCGAUGCCUCUGCGGGGAAUAGUCAACAUGGCGGCAGCGAAGUCAAAUUCGGAAGAACGGAGCUGUGCUAUAUUCGGUUGCUGGAAUGUUGGUGGCGCCUUUAUGAAAAGGAGAAAGGACAUUGUUACCGAAAAAAUGUGGAGAACUGGCUUGCAUUACCUGGGUGUCACAGAGACCAAGUUGAAAGAUGAAAAUGGUUCACAUUGGAAAGAAAUAGGUCGCGACUGCGACCUGCUAUUUAAGGGAGUCACAUACGGGCAUGCCAGGGCUGGGGUCGGACUGAUACUACGUGGGGAGUACAAGAACAAUGUGAAAUACUGGAAAGGGGUAAAUGAAAGGCUGUUGGUCUCCCAUAUUGUAGAAAGAGGUCACUCUAUUGCGCUGUUUGUCUUCUACGGUCCAGAUAAUUGCCGCCUGAAGGUAGAUAAGAUGGAGUUCUUCAACGAGCUGCAAAAUACUAUCGAUCAAACAAAGGAAGAUAACAUCGUAAUUGUGGGAGACUUCAAUGCAAGAGUAGGAAUAGAAGGGGAAAAGUGGGACAAUGUGAUUGGAAAAGAAGGAGAGGACGUAAUGUCAGACUCCGGAGAGCUUCUACUUCAGUUGUGUGUAGCCAACGACUUAGUGAUACUUAACACUUUUUUCGAACACAAAGACGGGCAAAAAUACACCAGAUAUUGUGAACUAAAAAACGCAGGAGGGGAAGUCACGGAAAUACAACAGUCGAUGAUCGACUACUGUAUUGUCAAAAGAAGCAUGUUGCCUCUCGUCAGAGACACAAGAGCGCAUGAUGAUGCGAUAAUAAAGGAUCACCGUCUGGUAACAAUGGAAAUGGAGAUGGAGCAGAAGCCCACUAAAGAUGGCGUAAAUAGAUGCAGACAACAUAAUGAGAUCGACACUCAGAUAAGGUAUCACUUGUUAAGGCAACAAGCCAUUCAAACGAGUUAUCAAAACCAUGUGUCAGAUAUUUUGAGCAGGAAUCCUCAACAAAGUGCGGCGAGUCUAGAAGACAGGUGGUCGAGUCUGAGAAACGCAUUACUCGAAGCAGCCGAGAACGUGUGUGGUACUAGCAGGCCGUGCUGUAACCGACGGGGGACGGCAUGGUGGACAGACGAUGUGGCAGGUGCUGUGCAGAGGAAGAAGGUGGCGUGGCGUAACUGUCGUAUCGAACGUGACCAUGUUCACAUGUCGGACUAUAAAACUGAGAGAACGACGGCCAAAAAGGCUGUAGAAAAAGCGAAAAGAUUUUCUUGGACGGAUUUUGGAAACAAGCUAGGAAGUCCGCGCACUGAAGACCAGAAACUCUUUUUCCACGUGUUGAAGAUGGUGAAUCGGGAUGCGCAUUGUACUAAACAAAAUCUGAAGUCUACAGAUGGGUCGCUCCUUACAGAUAUGAAUGAAAUUGUGGGAAAAUGGCGCGGGUACUUCGAAGAGCGUUUUGCUUUGUCCGAAGAUCCAGGUUUGCAAAAGCCAGAAAAUGAGGUGGGAGAAAGUAUCAGCAGAAAUGAAAUGAAGAAUUCAUUACAGAAGAUAAAAAAUGGCAGAUCCGCUGGUCAUGACAGAAUAACGCCAGAAAUGGUUAAGCAUAUGGGAGAAAAAGGACAUGUGGAACUUCUCAGGAUUUUUAAUAUGGCGUGGAAGGAUAAGAAGGUCCCAGAGGACUGGAAAGAAACUAUAGUUUUUCCUUUCUACAGAAAUGGAGAUAGAUCGCUCUGUGAGAGUUACGGAGCAAUAUCGUUCCUAAAUACGGCUGCCAAGGUAUACGCCAGGAUACUAGAGGAACGCAUCCGGAAGGGAACGGAAGAAAAGUUAAAUGAAGCUCAGUGUGGUUACAGACGAAAUAGAUCCAAGAAUGAUCACGCAUUCGUCAUUCGACAACUUAUUGAGUUGUCAAACGUGCGAAGAACUGCACUUCAUCUUUGCCACAUCAGCCUAGAGAGAGCGUUAGGAAAACUUGCACUGAGUGUCGUAAUGGAUACCCUAGCUCGAAAACAUGUGCCUGCCAGCACCAGACUCGCUGUUCUGAGUUUAUUCGAAGGAAGAAUAAACUACGUGCGGACAGGAAACGUGCUGUCCAGAGCUUUUGGAACAGGUUUCUCGCUAAGACCUCAGGACAGUUUGUCCUCUUAUAUAAGUAUCCUAGUACUGGAUGAUGUCUUCAAUAGUUAUCAGGCUCGAACAAAAGAGAGCAUUUGCAAAUAUAUGCCGGUAUCAGUUUCAGCAUAUUGCGAUCAAGUUGUCCUCCUUGCUGCGACGAGAACAGAACUGCAGCACAAGUUGGACGUCUGGUGUGAAGAGACGAAAGGAAAACGUCUGCAUCUGCUGGCAGAGGAUGCGCGGGUAAUGUCCGUGUUGGCGGGUGAAGACGUUGGGACAGUGGAAAUCGACGGCCGUGCCAUAUCGGAAGUGCCUUGUCUCUCGUAUUCCGGACUCUGUAUAGGUCCUCGCCUGACAGCCGAGGAAUUCAACAGGCGCAUCGGCGAUGCGGGCCGGCUCUUCAACGCUGCGAAGCACGGAAUCGUCGGUAACCACAGGGUUGUAGGGAAACGGACCAAGGAGGCUCUGUUCGAUUCUGAAUAUGUGGAGAGAAUGGUGCGCGGGAGUGCCACGCGUUGGAUAUCGGCCAAGUCAGACAUUCCCCGCAUGAAGUCCAUGGAAGAUCGCUACCUCCGACAUUCCACGAAUUCUGGCUGCAGGAGGUACAACAUGAGAACGCGGGCCGACACAAGGUCCUUGGCGGGCAUGCGACAACAGCAGCUCGCGUAUUCGGACCACGUGAGGAACAUGGAGGAAGGUCGCGCUCCACGCUCCGUCUUGCAAACACUGGAGUCCGCGAAAAAGACUCCAGUUUAUAGUUGGAGGCGAGAUGUAAAGAAAGCCAGGGACAAGACCACGCUGAGAGCCCCUCUGUAGGAUGCGAGUGAACCAGGAUUGGCUAUAACCAAAUUAUGACUUUAAAAAACAUUUAUGUACUUUUAUUUGUUCUUUGCAAAUAAUAC